AUGAAUGCGACGUCGGUCUGGACAGCUCAGGAAAGGGCUAAUUUAGAUUUUGUCGAUUUCCGGCUUCCUGAUUUUGAGUACUAUGAUUUGGCAUCCGGCCGCAGUGGCAAGCUUCCCAAAUUACUCGCCAAAUACACCGAUGUCGGCUUCACUGGGUUGCAAUGCUACCCCAACUCCGGGAUUCUCACUAACAAGUACCUUCCGGAUAUCGAUGGUAACUCAUUCAGUGGCCGGUAUCGUGCUUUUCUCCAGUCGACCUCGCUUCCUAUCAAGGCCACAAUCUACAACGAAUGGCACGACUCGCACCUAAUCCCAUGGGCGCAUUUCAUCCCCAUGGACACAACAUUCAUUAUAUAUGGUAUUAUGGAAUAUCUCCUCGGAUACGGCAAUCAUGCCGGGCACGACGCUGUAGCUAAGAAGGUCGCGAUGGAUGGCAAACAUUGGGCAGAGAAAGUUCUACGGAAGGAGGAUAUGCAAGUGUACAUGUACCGACUGCUCCUGGAGUACGCACGUAUUUGUGAUGACCGCCGGGAAAUCCUCGGAUAUGCGGAUGAUCUUCAUUUAAAUUUAACCACAGAUCGUGGUCAGCAGCAACAGGUUUUGCAUGCCAAGCUGUCCAAUCCCAAGUCUACAAGCGCAUCCACGGGGCGGAAAAGAAAGGCUGCACGAACGUCAGACACAACUACAAAGGGUCUUAAAUGGCAGAAAUGUACUGAAAACAAUGUCCCGACCCAGCGCUUAGAUGUCUACGUGUGUGGGACCAACUCCUACGGUGAGCUGGGUCUGGGAAACUCAACGAGGAAAUCGGGAUUCUCACGCCCCAUCUUGAACACGCAUCUGCCGGCGGGAACGGUGGGAGUGGUCCAGGUUGCUGCGGGAGGGGUUCAUUCAGCCGCUCUUACGCAUGAUAAUCGGAUCUUGACCUGGGGUGUCAAUGAUGAGGGAACUCUCGCAAGAGAUACCAAGCAAGACAGGAAGGAGAGCGAUGCUCCGAGUAGCGACUAUCAGAUUACUGAUGAUAACAAUGUCGACGAAGUAAAACCAGACUCUAAUAGCGAGGAUGAUGAUGAUGAUGAUGAUGACGAUGACGAGGUCACGCUCAAUAUAAAAGAAGCGACUCCUUUACCUAUAGAAUCCUCGUUAUUCCCCCACGGGACGGUCUUCACUCAACUGGUAGCUACGGACAGUGCUACAUUUGCUCUUACAAAGGACGGACGGGUGUACGGCUGGGGGACCUUCAGGGGCACCUCUGGAUCGAUUAAAUUCUUCCCUGAUACUGAAAAGAAAAUCCAAAAAACACCGAUAUUAAUUCCCGGCCUUAAUAACGUUACCAAACUUGCCGCUGGCGCGCAACACGUCCUCGCGCUAACAUCCACAGGCAGUGUCUUCAGCUGGGGUAACAAUGAGCAGUACCAGCUUGGACGACGACGAGCAAGUCGCUCACGCGGGGUCCAUCCUCUUCUCCCCGAUCAAAGUGCGAUCCCUCGCGGUAUUACCGCCAUUGGAGCCGGGUUGUAUCAUUCCUUUGCGAUUCACAAAAAUGGUGACGUGUAUGGAUGGGGCUCAAAUAACUUCGGCCAAACAGGUAUCCCAACAAACGCCGGCGAGAGCGAUGCCGUCGUGGUCUAUCCUACUCAGAUUUUAGGGUUUCGAAAACAUCCGCAGAUCACCGCUAUCCAAGGCGGGAAAGAUCACAGCAUUGCGGUCAGUCAACAAGGCCAGUGUUUAACCUGGGGUCGUAUUGAAAAUCUCGCACUUGGUUUCGAUGAUCCUCAGAGUCUUCCCUCGUGGGUUACUAUCUCCGAUAUACGUGGUAGACCACGGAUUCUAUUAGAGCCGCAGGUCAUUCCCUCUUUAGAGAACGUGGUUUUUGCAACCGCAGGGACUGAUACUUCCUUUGCUCUCACGGCGCAAGGUCAGGCAUAUAGCUGGGGCUUCAAUGUCGAAGGUCAGGCAGGACAUCCUGAUGCGGACGAGAUCAAGCCGCCUACGCCUGUUAAGAGCAAACAUAUAGAUGGAAAGAAAUUGGUUUCAGCAGCUGCUGGGGGACAGUUUAGUAUUAUCAUGGGCGAGCCUGCAAAAUAG